GAAGCUGAAGAAAACAGUCGAGCUCUCUUCAUAUCAAAGAAGAUAAGAAAAUUAAUUUUUAAAAAAAAAGAAAAAGAAAAAGAAAAAGGAUGGCAUGCAUGAACCUGGGCUCCAAAGCAGAAGCAUUCUCACGUGAGGGCCAGACCUGGGUUUGUACGACUGGACUUCCGAGUGAUGUUGUCAUUGAAGUCGGUGAAAUGUCCUUCCAUCUACACAAGUUUCCAUUGCUUUCAAGGAGUGGGAUGCUUGAGAAAAUUAUUGCAGAUGACUCUGGCGUGCAGGGAACGACUUGCAUUUUGCAGCUCCAUGACAUCCCUGGUGGCGCCAAAGCUUUUGAGCUGGUAGCUAAAUUCUGUUAUGGUAUUAAACUAGAACUCACUGCUCUGAAUGUGGUCUGCCUCCGAUGUGCUGCCGAGCACCUUCGCAUGACAGAAGACUAUGGAGAAGGAAAUCUCAUCAUGCAGACGGAAGUUUUCCUAAAUGAAGUUUUCAGCAGCUGGAGAGACUCAAUCAAGGCACUUGAGACAUGUGAGGAUGUCCUCCCGCAGGCAGAAGAGCUCCACAUUGUCUCAAGAUGCAUCAAUUCCUUGGCGAUGAAAGCUUGUACGGACCCUGCCUUGUUUGGGUGGCCCAUACCAGGGCACACUUCUAUUCAAAGCCCUAGUGGCAUCGCCUUAUGGAACGGGAUUGGCGCAGGGUCUAAGCCAAGAACCAUGAGUGAAGAUUGGUGGUAUGAGGAUGUUUCUUAUCUCAGUUUAAAUCUGUAUAAACGGCUCAUUUUGGAUGUGGAAGCGAGAGGCAUGAAACCGGAGAUCAUCUCAGGGUCUCUCAUGUUCUACUCGAAGCAGUAUCUGCCAGGGUUGAGUCGGCAUUCGAGCUUCCGUGACAAUACCAUCCGUGUCAUGCCCGGCGCUUCUAUUUCAGCACCAUCCGAGAGCGACCAGAGAGCUCUGCUUGAAGAGAUUGUGGGAUUGCUUCCCAUGAAGAAGGGCGUCACAUCGACUAAGUUCUUGCUUGGUCUGCUUCGGACUGCGAUGAUUUUGCAUGCAAGCUCGUUGUGUAGAGAGAAUUUGGAGAAGAGGGUCGGGACCCAGCUGGACCAAGCUGCAUUAGAAGAUCUUCUUAUACCGAACUUGGGCUACUCGGUGGAGACCCUUUAUGAUAUCGACUGUGUCCAACGGGUCCUUGAUCACUUCAUGUCAGUGGACCACGCUAUGGCCGGGUCUUCUCCAUGCAUUGUCGAUGAGGGGCAGCUGAUUGGAUCCCCCUCAUUGACGCCAAUGACCAUGGUGGCCAAGCUAGUGGAUGGUUAUCUUGCAGAAGUCGCACCAGAUGUUAAUUUGAAGUUCCCCAAAUUUCAGUCACUAGCGGCUGUCAUCCCUGAUUAUGCCAGGCCGCUUGAUGAUGGCAUCUACCGUGCAAUUGACAUAUACUUGAAGGCACACCCAUGGCUCACAGACUCGGAACGAGAACAACUCUGCAGGCUCAUGAAUUGCCAGAAGCUCUCACUAGAGGCGUGCACCCAUGCAGCCCAGAACGAGAGGCUACCUCUCAGAGUUGUUGUCCAAGUCCUCUUCUUUGAACAGCUGCGCCUGCGGACAUCAAUCGCUGGCUGGUUCUUCGUCUCUGACAACCUCGAGAACAGGCAGGGCCCGCAUGGGGACCUCACGCUCCCGAAGAAUGACGAAUCUGCCCAAGUGGAACCCGGGUGCGACCCAAAGGAAUUCCAGGCCAUCAGCAUGGACGACAUGAAAUUGCGUGUUUCAGAGCUCGAGAAGGAGUGCUCAAGCAUGAGGAAAGAGAUUGAGAAGCUGGGAAAGACAAAGGGUGGUUGGAACAUCUUCGCUAGAAGGUUUGGAUUUAAGCAAAAAACACAGAGUUGCCAAGGCAAAGGAGCGUCUGUGGCUGGCCAGAAUCACAGAAACAGUGAUGUGGCUGAUUAAGUCCAAUAUCUUGGCUGACAGAAAUUCCUUCCAUACAUACAUGCUUGCACAUGCUUGUCUGUUUUUAUGUGUAUGAUGCUGUGUCCAUUUUCCCCCCUCACUUGAGAACUGAUUAGUCUUGUUAAGCUUCAUUAGUGAUUAGCAUAUCAUUUUUAUUCAUUGUAAUUAUGAUUAGAAGGUAGCUUGUAAUUCAAUGUUACUUCAUCACAAA